CCCCGCCCCGCCGCGGGAUGGCCGCUUCCCGCGGUGCAGUCCGACCGCAACUCCGGGACCGCGUGCACAAACUUUGCCAGGGCGCGAGGCUGGCUCCCGGCCCCCAGGGCUGCCGGGGCGGCGGCCGGCGCGGGCCGUACCUGCUGGCACCGCCGCCGGCUGCAGCCCGCUCGCCCGCGCCAGGCCCGCUCGGCGCGCCGCCGCCACCCCCGCGCGCAGCGCGCCCGGGCCCUCCCCUCGCCGCCGCGCUUCCUCAUUCCAGCGCCGCAUCGCUCCGCGGCUCCGCGCGGCAGGUGGCCGCCGGCUCUCUGCGCCCGGGACCCGGUGUUGGGAUCGGCCGCGGCGCCGCGGGGCCCGCGCUUAACCCUUGGGGGCCCGGCGCGGGCGGCGCGUGCGGGGCAGCUGGAGGCGGGAGCCGCGGUGCCGGGGCUGCUCGCCCCGGCGCGGGGACCCUCGGGACGCGGGACAUCGUGAAGCACUUUCCCCCGGUGACUGGGGGCGUCCACUGCCCGCCCAGCUCUACUUCCCUCGAACUGGGGCCACUGGGCGCCCAGGUUCUGGCUGCGACCCCGGGUGAUGAGUGCCCACCCGAGGGGGUGGGAAAAGUUGAUCCUCCGCAAGUGAGGGGAAGGUGCAAUUCAUUUUCCCAGACAACCAAUGGAAUACCUCUCGUCUCUCUUCCCUCCCACCUGCUCAGGCAGCCGUUAGCAUCGCGCCUUCCAUCCGGCCUGUGUGCACACGCAAGGGUGAAGGGACGGCUGCGGGAGGAGGUGACACCAAAGGCAAUCCUGCAACCUGGUACCGCGGCUCUUGGCACCGCAGACCCCUCCCUCCCUGAGCCCAGAAGCGCGCGUGUUGAGGCGCCCUGUGGGUCUCCGCUGAAGAAGAAUGCCGUGCAGACGGAGAACCUCUCCACACUCUGCGAGGAGCCCAUCAUCAUUCUCGUGAGCCGGGCCCCACCCCAGCAGGAGCCGGGCGACAGUGUUCAGUGCCCUUGAGUGUGGCAAGGAAUGGCAGCCACCGGGGAAGGCUGUGGCCUGGCCCAGGAGGCUGCUGGUGGCAGCACCCAGGCACUCUUGGGGAUUGGCUUUGCCUGGUGCCAUCCUGGAGAAGUCUCUCCUACCUUCCGAGAACCACAGACAGCAUCUGGACGAGUUCUUCCUGGAUCACUUAUGCAACACCUGCUACUCAAUUCGUGCUGACGGACAUUUUGAUGUUGUGAGCCCUGAGCCCACUGACUCCCCCUGUUUGGAGUCCAGAGGAAGAGGAACUAGUGAAAGGUUCAUUGCUUUAAUCCUUAGUCCACUCCUUGCCUGUAUGUCCUUAGGCAAGAUACUGAACCUCUUUGAGCCUCACUGUCCUUACCUGCAAAAGAAGCGAGUGCUACUUCGUUCAUCCUAAAAGUCCUUUUGUCAGGACUAAACAAAGCAACAAACACAAGAUUCAAGGCUUGGGGCCAAAAAUAUUGUAGUGGAGGGGUUAUGGGACAUCUCUGGUUCUUAGGUGCACACAGCACCCUUUGCUUCCCGAUGUGUCUUUUUAAAUGUAUGCCAUGGUCCCUAGGAGUGGGACUCAAGGACCCAGAUGUAGUCUCCAGGCCAAGGCAUUUCCUCCUGAGGCAGAGGAAUAGGAGGUAAAGGACCCUGAGAGUUUAGGCUGUGUGGUCCUAA